ACUGUGCUGUUCUGUGCUGCUGCUAUUUAGUUGGACCAAGAUUACCUCUAUUUGUGUAUUAUUUUUUUAAUAGUUGCUUACUAAAACAUGUUAUCCACUGCCGCAAGAAAUAUUUCGUCGGUGUUUACUUGUUAGUAUGUGCUUCAGUGAACAAGUGCAAAGAACUCAAGUGAAAGCGCGCAACCGACCACUGUCAGUACUGUGUUGGCUGAAAAGUUUGAUCAAAGUUUCUAGUGGGAGUGGUGUGUAUUGUCAUGACCCGGAAAAUAUUAUCAGUUCGGUAUCCAGAGGAGUGAACUGAUCGGCGGCAGAUAACCCCUGUAGAAGAGGAUGGAGUCAAGUUAUGUCGAUGAAAGAGAGGACGUGCAGAAGAAGACAUUUGCCAAAUGGAUUAACUCGCAACUGGUAAAGAAUGCGAAGCCGCCGGUGGAGGAUCUGUUCCGCGACCUGCGCGAUGGCGAGGUGCUGCUGUCGCUGCUAGAGAUCCUGACAGCGCAGCAGUACAGGCGCGAGCGCGGACGCAUGCGCGUGCACCACGUCAACAACGUAAAUACGGCGCUGGCCGCGCUCGAGGCCAGCGGCGUGCGCCUGGUCAACAUCUGCGCCGCCGACGUCGUCGAUGGCAACCCCAAGUUGAUCCUAGGCCUGGUGUGGUCGGUGAUCGUGCACUGGCAAGUCCAAGGGCAGCUGGCGCCGGAGCUGCAACACUCUUCGCUCGAGCGCACGCUGCUCGCCUGGUGCCGCGCGCACACGCAGAACUACAGCGGCGUUGAUGUGCGCGACUUCACCGUAUCCUGGUCGGAUGGGCUGGCGUUCAACGCGCUGCUGCACCGCUGGCGGCCGCAGCUGUUCGACUACGCGGCUGUGCUGCCGCGUCCUCCCGCCGCGCGCCUCGACCACGCUUUCGCGCUGGCGCACGCGCAUCUUAACAUCCCGCGUCUGCUCGAUGUCGAGGACGUGCACACGCCGCACCCGGACAAGAAGUCGAUCAUGAUGUACGUGAUGUGCCUGUUCCGCGCGCUGCCGCACGCGCCGGAGGACGCGCCCCCCGCCUCGCCGCCCGCCUCCCCUGCCGCCGAGCCGCACACUAACUCUGCUGAUUUUGCCACCUUCGCUGAGGGUGGCGGCAGCCGGCCGGUGUCGGGCGCGACGUCGGCGUCGGCGGAGCUGGGCGGGUACGGCGCCGCGCUGGAGGACGUGCUGGCGUGGCUGCUGGAGGCCGAGGAGCGCUUGGCCGCGCAGCCGCCGCUCGAGCGGGCUGCCGCCGGCGCCGGCGCCGACGACGCGGACGAGCGACCUGCCGAACUGCACGCGCUCAAGCAGCACUUCCACACGCACGAGCGGUUCUUGCUGGAGCUGUCGGAGCAGCAGGCGCGCGUGGGCGGCGUGCUGGAGGCGGGCGCGCGCCUGCUGGCCGAGGGCGGGCUGGCGCGCGACGAGGCACACGAAGUGCGCUUGCAGAUGCGCCUGCUCAAUCAGCGCUGGGAGCAACUGCGCGCGCACGCUAUGGACCGCCAGGCGCACGUGCACGCCGCGCUCAUGCGCGCGCAGCACGACAACCUCGAACAUUUCCGGCGGUGGUUGACGGCGACGGAGGACCGCAUGUCGCGCAUGGGCGGCAGCGGGCUGAGCGCGGUGCGCGCGCUGCACGCGGACCUGCGGCGGCAGCAGCCGCUGGUGGACGCGCUGGCCGACUGCGUGGUGGUGGUGGAGGGCGGCGACGAGGGUGGCGAGGCGGCCGCCGUUGCCGAGAUCGAGGACCAGCUGACGGCGCUGGGCGAGCGCUGGUCGCACACCUGCCAGUGGACGCUGGCGCGCCUGCAGCGCCUCGAGGACCUGCAGCGCCGCGCCGCGCACCUGCGGGACACCCACGCCCGCCUGCUCGCGCUCGCUGACGCUUACGAGCACCAACUCAAACAGAUGGAGGCGGGUGAGGCGGGCGAGGUGGGCGCCGUGUUGGCGCGCAUGGAUGCGCUGCGGCGCGCGUGGCGCGGAGUGGCGCGUGCGCGGUCGGGCGCGGCGCGUCAGUUGGACGCUGCGCAGGCGCUGCUGGCGGAGAGCGCGGACGCGGGUGCCGCCGCCGCCGCCGCCGCCGAACUGCGCGACCGCGCCGACGCGCUUCUCGACCGGCUGCACGCCCUGCAGGACAUCCUCCACGUACAGGCACAUCGGAUUAAAGAUUUAGGAUUCGAAUUUGACAUCGAGUCUCAGCUGGAGGAAAGUCCGGAAGCAAGUGACAUAGAUGCUAUGGAACAAGACCAGAUGGAGACGACACUCACUGAGGAUGGCGUGGAGCGAGAGGUCAGCUCGGAUAAAGAGCAUCGAAUGGAGAGUACAGAGCGAAUAGAGACCACGGAACAGAUAGCGGACACGAAACCGGCAGAGAGCACAGGACAGACAGAGAGCACGGAACAGACAGAGAGCACAGAGAUCGCGGAGCGGACGGAGGGCGCGCGCAAGAAGCCUCGCCUGUCGCACGAACCGCCCGCAGACCAGCCCGCUGCGCUGGCCACGCGUGACCAACAUUCUACCUCUGAUGGUAACAUCGAGAUGGACAACGAUGAGUCCCAACUAGUCGAAAAGGAGACUGUCAAUGAAAAAAUGCAAGCGUCAACCAAACUGGAGGAAAGCCAGGAACCGCCCUCGACAGCAGCCGAUGUGGAACACGUCGGGGCGGGCGGCGAGGUGGGCGCGCGCUGCGCGGCGCUGGAGGCGUGGCUGGCGCGCGUGGCCGCCGACACGCCCGCCGAGCACGAGUGCGCCAUCGCCGACUCCGCGCAGCUCUACCACGUGAAGGCGCGCUUCCAGGCGCUCAAGGACCAGUGCGACAACCAAACCGCAGAGUUUCGCGCCGUCAACGAAGCUGGUAACGACAUCCUGCUAGCGGCGGCGGCGGGCGGCGCCGGCAGCGAUGAGGCGGCGGCGCUGGCUCGCCGGCUGACGGCGCUCAACGCGCGCUGGAACCAGGUCACGCACGGCGUCUACGAGCGUUACAAGGUGCUGGCGGAGGCGUGGCACGAGUCGGGCGAGCUGCGUGCGUGGCUGGCGCAGGAGGCGGCGUGGCUGGAGGGGCUGCAGAGGCGGCUGCAGGACGCGCCGCACACGCAGCCCGCCGACGCCGAGGAGAUCGCCGACCGGCUAUACGAUCUGGAGAGUUAUGUUCAGAACCAUAGCUCGGAACGACUAGCGCGCAUUCAAGACGUGGGGCGGCAGCUGGCGGACGCGCACAUCAUGACGGGCUGGAUCCAGGCGGAGCUGGAGGCGCUGAGUGCGCGCGGCGCAGCGUUGCGGGCGCAAGCGGCGCGCCGCGCCUCCGAGUUGGAGGAGGCGGCUCGUGCGCAGGCCACCUGCGAAGCCGCUUUGGACCACGUGCAGCAGUGGCUGGAGUCGCUGCCCGCGCGGCUGGCGCAGCAUGAGGUGCCGGAGCUGCAAGCGCAGUUGGCGGCGGCGCGUGCGCGCCUGGCCAGCGUGGAGGCGGCCGCCGAUGCCCAGCGCGCUGCUGGCCACCAGGAGCGCGCCGCGCGCCUCGCCGCGCAGCUCACGUUGCUGCAGGACAAGUUCGCAGCGGCGGAGGAGCAGUUGGCGGGGCUGAGCGGCGCCCCGCUGUCGCCAGACGAGCCUGAGCAGGAAACGGCGCAGGCCGAGGAGGCAGCGGCGCUGGAGGCGCGGCUGGCGCGCGCCACGGUUGCGCUUCGUGAGGUAGAGCGCGGCGCGGCGCACGCGCUACCGUUGCCCGGCGCAGAACCCGAUGCCGUGCGCGCGCAGCUGCGACGCACACUGAGGCUGUACCGCACGCUGAGCGAGCUGAAGGGCGAAGUGGAGGGCGCGAUCCGCAGCGGACGGCGCGUGGUGGAGGCGGGCGGGGGCGGCGCCGACGGGGCGGGGCUGUCGGCGCGCAUCGACGCGCUCAAGGAGCUGUACAACCGGCUGGGCGCGCGCGUUACGGACGCCAAGGCGCGGCUGGAGGGCGCGCUGCUGCACGCGCGCGAGAUGCACGCCGACCUGCACGCGCUGGCCGCGUGGCUCGAUUCGCGCGCCGCCGCCGCGCCGAAGCAGGCGCUGGAGCUGGAGAUGUCGCGCAUGGAGGCCGUCAAGGACAAGCUCAACGCCAACUACGCGCAGUUCGCCAGCAGCUGCGACGCGCGCCACCUGGACUCACUGCGCGACCAGAUCGAGCGCAUCAACGCGCGUUGGGACCAGCUGCGCAAGCCGCCGCCCGCGCCGACCUCGCCCGCCGCUCCUGCGCACACCGACUUGCAGGCGGGCGAGGCGCCGCACUACGAGUGCGUGACGGACACGAUCAAGCGGCGGCUCGAGAGCCCGCAGAGCGCGCGCCGCGACGCGCCCGACGACAAGCCCGACCUGAAGCGCUCCAAAAUCCCGCUGGCGCUGCGCAGCCCCGCGCCCGUGCGCCGGCGCCUGCAGCACGCCGGCUCACGCGCCCAUGAUACACACCGACACACAUCUCCAGACAAACAUGACAAUCACUUCCAAAACCAAUUGGGUUUACAUUCUUCGAACAAAAUAGAUUCAUCGGCGCAACAAGAACAUUCCGAAUCGGGCACUCAUCAAGAUAUCGCUGUAAGCGCUCGUGAAAUUGCUAAAUCGGCGGAAUGUCCCACGGAAGGGGAGAAGCCGGACAUAAAUGGCGGGGAGGAGAGCGGGCGCGCGGACGCGGCGCUGGAGUUCGUGCCAGAGGGCACGGCGGGCGACGCGGCGGAGGAGGCGCGGGCGCCGGAGGGGCAGGGCGCGCCGCCCGCCGUGCACCUGGGUUCCGAGCCGCGGACCUUCGUGGUGGAGGUGCGCCGGCUGGAACGCCGCAUGCGCCCUACGCUCGGAGUGUUGAAGUGCCGCGCCGAGGAUCACUCGCCGCCGCCGCCCGACGACGCUUCCACCGCCUCAGAUACACCGGAGACGCCGGCCACGCCCGACACGCCCUUGACACCUGACAUGCCUGUAACACUCGACACGCACGCGACCCCCGAGCAGGCGCAGCCGGCCCCGGACCCGGUGUCGCAAAUAGAUGCGCCCGCGACCAGCGCAGCACACCACGCGGACGACCGGCCACCCGGCGAGCCCGCAUCGCUCUUGGCUCAGGAAGUCAUAUAUACUGAAGUAGAGGAUACGCCUCAGUCGGCGGGCCGCGAGUGGGCGGCGAGCGCCCCGCUGUCGACGUCGACGCCGCUGAAGUCGGCGCCGAGCAAGCAGCACGUGCAGGUGGUCGCCAUGUCGCCCAAGCCUGCGUCCGCGCCCACCACGCCCACUCCCGGCACACCGCCCACACCUCCCGCGCCUAGGGCGCUGGAAAAAUACCAGAAAAUGGGUGACGCGCCACAAAAAGUAGAGAGCAAAGAGACCGCGUUAACGGAGGAAAAAACGGAAGAGUAUAGCGAAGACAAGAGCGUGGACCGCAGCGGAGGAGGAGAGCUGGUGCGCGCGCGCUGCCCGGAAGAGAGCGACCCCGAGCUGGAGCAGUUCGAGGAGGAGGCGGCGCAUAUGUCGCGCCGCAUGGACGUGAUGCUGCUCACGGUGCGCGGCGUGGCCAGCGAGCGCGACCCCGCCAAGCGGCUCGAGAUCCUGAAGCAUCAGCUGGGCGCGCUGGCGGAGGAUGCAGCGGCGCUGAUCUCUCGCGGGGACAGUCUCGUGUACGCGCUGCACGCGCGCAAUCCGCUGCUGGCGGACUGGGCGCAGGCGCGCGUGCAAGAUCGGCUGCGUGCCGAGUGGGCCGGCGUCAUGGCCGAGAUCGAGGCACGCCGCGAGCUGGCCGUGCGCGCCGAGGAGCAGGUGGUCGAGCUGCGUCGCCUCGUGGAGGCGUUGCGCGACUGGCUGGAGCGCGCCGCUGUCGCCCCGGACCCUGCAGACGUGGCCGCGCGCGAGCCCGACGUGGAGCGCGUGCAGGAGCUGUGCGCCGAGCUGCGCGCGCAGCGAGUGGCGCACCCCGAGCGCGCCGCCGCCGAUGCGUGCGCGGCCUGGGCGCGCCUCGCCGCCGCCACUCUGCCGCACCACGCGCACCCCGACGCUAAGAUCAAGCCGGACGGCGUGGAGGCGGCUUGCGGCGAGUACGUGACGCGAGCCAACCGCGCGCGCGAGGCGGUGGCGGCGCUGCGGGCCGCGCUGCGGGCGCCGCCGCUCGGGGGCAAGGACUACGACGACUUCCCUCUGCAGGAGGACGCGCUCGCGAAAGUGAAGGUGUCCCUGGACGAGGUGUCGAGCGGCGUGGAGGAGGCAGAGAAGGAAUACUCGUGGCUGGCGCGACAGGGGCGCGCGAGCGAGCUGGCGCGUGUGCGGCGCGUGCGCGACAAGCUGCGCGGCGAGCUCAGCGCGCUGUCUGAGGCGGUGGCGGAGCGGCGUGCGCGUUGGGCGCGCUGCCAGCAACAGUGGGCCGCUCUGUACGCCGCGCUCGAGGACUGCGGCGAGUGGCUGGACGCGUGCGAGACGCAGCUGGACCGCGUGCGGUGCGGCAGCACACCGCCGCAGGUGUGCAAGGAGACGCUGCAGCAGCUGGAGCGCGAGCUGGCGGCGCGGCGGCGCAGCACGGGCGCGUGGCGAGCAGCGGGCCGCGGCGUGGUGGCCGCGUGCGGCGGCCGGCUGGCGCGCGACGUGCAGGACCAGCUCGACCUGCUCAACGACCGCUGGCACCACGCGGCCAAGCACAUACACCAGCUCAGAGACAGAGUGAAUGCGGCGGAAGCAGCGGAGAGGAGGAGCCCCGGCGUGCCGACGGGGGCCGCGGGCGGAGCGGGGGGCGCGACGACGACGCUGCGCGCUGUGCGUGAGUUGCUGGACACCACCAGCGCCAACCCCUCGGACGCCACCAGCCUGUCCAUCCGGCUCAGCCUCGUCAAGGCGCGAGAGGAGGAGGUGUCGGCGCGCGCGCGUGAGGCGGCGCACGAGCCAGCGCUACGCCGCGACCUCGACCAGGCGGCGGGUCAGCUGAGCGCGCACCGUGAGUACAUCGGCAGCAAGCUGGCGGCGCUGGGCAAGUUUAGCGCGCGGCUGGAGGCGGCCGCCGCGUGGGCCGCCGCCGCGCGCCACCAGCCACCGCACGACCUGCAGGCGCAAGUGAGCGAACGUGAAGCGGAGGUGCGUGAGGUGCUGGAGAACUAUAACAACUUGGAGCGCGAGUGUGGCGCCGCGCAGCAGUGCGUGGCGGGCGAGCUGCGCGCGCGCGCCGCGCGCCUGCGCACUGACUGGGCGCAGCUGCGCGCCGACCACGCCGCUGCCCCGGCCGUCGCCGGUGCCGACCACGCGCCGCCGCCCGGUGAGUCGCACCUUACAAUGGUGACGGAGUGGUGCGCGCGCACGUCGCCGCGGCGCCGCUCCUCGCAGCCGCAGGCGCCGCCGGCCGCGCUUCUUGCGCACUUCGACACCAGCGUGCUACAGAUCCGUGACUGGGUGUCGGUGGAGGUGGACAUGCUGCGCGCGCAGCCCGUCGCGGUGGGCGACGUGGACGACAUCCUGCACCAGCUCGACAAGCAAAAGGGCGUGCUGCGCGAGCUGGAGCAAAAGAAACCGCAGCUGGACGAGCUGCUGCACACGGCCGAGAGCCUCAAGGGCACCGAAAACAGACAACACCUGCACGGGAAAGUUGCGACCGGGUUCCCGGCGUGGCGCACUAGCUCGCCGCUGUUACACUUGCGUGCACUCUUGAAAGUGACGGCGCUGCGCGAGCACUGGGAUGAGGCGAACGCGCGCGUGCUGCAGCGCAAGGCGCAACUGGACGCCAUGCUGGGCGACUCGCAGCGGUACGAGACGCGGCGGCGCGACGCCGACGCCUGGCUGACCCGCAUGGAGGCGCGGCUCGCCGCCAUGCAGCCGCCCGGGCACACCGCCGAUGUGCUCGAGAUGCAGCUGCGCGAACAGAAGUCGUUCCACGCGGAGGUGCACCAGUACAAGCACCAGGUGGAGCUGUUCGGGCAGCUGACGCAGCGGCUGAUCGCCGUGUACCGCAACGACGACACGUCGCGCAUCAAGCGCGCCACCGAGGCCGUCAACCACCGCUACACCGAGCUCAACAACAACAUCAUAGCGCGCGGCAAGGCGCUGCAGGGUGCGGUGUCGUCGCUGCAGAACCUGGACCGCUCGCUGGAGAAGUUCGUGGGGUGGCUGUCCGAGGCCGAGUCGCUGCUCGACGCCGCCGAGCGCGACCCGCAGCUGCUCAAGGACCUGCAGUCAGAGAUCGAGACGCACCGCGAUGUGUACGCGUCGCUCACGGGCACGGGCCGCCGGCUGUUGGGGUCGCUGUCCUCGCAGGAGGACGCCGUCAUGCUGCAGCGGCGCCUGGACGAGAUGAACCAGCGCUGGCACCACCUCAAGGCCAAGAGCAUGGCUAUCAGGAACCGUCUGGAGAGCAAUGCAGAACAUUGGUCGGCGCUGCUGCUGUCGCUGCGCGAGCUCACGGAGUGGGUGAUCCGCAAAGACACGGAGCUGACGGCGCUCGCGCCACCGCGCGGCGACCUCAACGCGCUGCUCAAACAACAAGAUGAUCACCGCGCGUUCCGCCGUCAACUGGAAGACAAGCGGCCCGUGGUUGAGAGCAACCUGCUCAGCGGGCGCCAGUACAUCGCCAACGAGCAGCCGCUCUCCGACACCAGUGACACCGAGCUUGGUCAGAACGAGGGCGACUCCCGCGGCUACCGCUCAGCAGAGGAGCAGGCUCGCGAGUUGGCGCGCUCCAUCCGGCGCGAGGUUACCAAGCUAGCGGACAAGUGGAACUCGCUGGUGGAUCGCAGUGACGCCUGGGGCCGCCUGCUCGAGGACGCUGUCCAGCGUGUGCGCACGUUCACAAAUUCGCUGGACGAGCUCGCGUCGCGCGUGCAGGCCGCGGAAGCCGCGCGCUCCUCGUGGCGCGGGCCGGGCGACGCUCGUGACGCCCGCGCGCAACUCGACGCCGUGUCGCGGGCGCGCGCGCAACUGCCGCCGCUGCGCCGCCUCGCCGACGAGCUCCAUGCGCAGGCGCAGACCCUCGCCCGCGACAAGAUACAGCUGCCUGAUCAUGUGCUGGCUAGACUUGAUGACUUGAACACUCGCGUGGGUGGACUAUGUGCCGGGGGCGAGGAGCGCGCCCGCCAGCUGGCGGGAGUGGCCCGCGAUGGCGGCGCCGGCGCGGCGCAGAGCUUCCUCGCUGGCUCAGUCGAGCCUCCGUGGGAACGAGCCGUUACACCUGCCAACGUUCCCUAUUACAUCAACCAUGAGCUGGAGACGACACACUGGGACCACCCGAAGAUGAUCGAGCUGAUGAACUCGCUGGCAGACCUGAACGAGGUGCGCUUCUCCGCCUACCGCACCGCACUCAAACUAAGGACCGUUCAGAAACAUCUCUGCAUGCACAUGUUGCAACUGCCGGCUGCACUAGAGGCAUUUGACUCUCACGGUCUGCGCGCGCAGAACGACCGCCUGAUCGACAUUCCUGACAUGAUCACUGUACUGACAUCACUGUAUGAGGUGAUUGCAGCAGAGAAUCCGAGCCUGGUGAACGUGCCGCUCUGCCUGGAUCUCUCCAUCAACUGGCUGCUGAACGUGUACGACAGCCAGCGCACCGGGCAGAUCCGAGUGCUCAGCUUCAAAGUUGGACUCGUGCUCCUCUGCAAAGGACAUCUCGAGGAGAAGUACAGAUACCUAUUCCGCCUGAUCGCGGACCCCUCUUGUCGCGCUGAUCAGAGGAAACUUGGAUUGUUGUUGCACGACUGCAUUCAGGUGCCCCGACAACUAGGAGAGGUCGCAGCCUUCGGAGGCUCCAACAUCGAGCCCUCAGUGCGCAGCUGCUUUGAACAGGCAUCUGCCGCCACUAAGGAGGGCGGUAAGGGAGGCACCCUCGACAGGAAAGAGAAAGAGAAAGACAAGGAUAAAGAGAAGGAAGACAAGGAGAAGACGAUCGAGCGCGACGCUGAUGGGCAGCUGCAGUACAUCGAGGCGUUCCACUUCCUGCAGUGGCUGCAGAAGGAGCCGCAGUCCAUGGUCUGGCUGCCAGUCCUGCACCGACUGGCUGCGGCCGAAAGCGCGCGCCACCAGGCCAAGUGUAACAUCUGCAAGGAUUACCCCAUCAUUGGGUUCAGAUACCGUUGUCUGAAGUGCUUCAACUUCGACAUGUGCCAGAAAUGCUUCUUCAGCGGACGUAAGGCCAAGAACCACAAGCUGACCCACCCCAUGCAGGAAUACUGCACUGCUACUACAUCUGGCGAGGAUGUGCGCGACUUCACCCGCGCGCUGCGUAAUAAGUUCAAGUCUGCUCGCUACUUCAAGAAGCACCCACGAGUUGGCUAUCUACCUGUGCAGACUGUUCUUGAAGGCGACGCCCUAGAGUCUCCCGCGCCGUCUCCGCAACAUGGCGCGGGCGCAGGCCUCACCGGCGGGGACGAUAUGCACUCGCGGCUGGAGCUGUACGCCUCGCGGCUGGCUCAGGUCGAACUCGGUGCUAGGCCCGGGGAUACUCCUGAUAGUGACGAAGAGCACCAGCUGAUCGCCCAGUACUGCGCCUCGCUGAACGGCGGCGGUGACGCGGACGAGGCGCCGCGCUCGCCCGUGCAGGUGGUGUCCAUCAUCCACCGCGAGCAGCGUCAUGAGCUCGAGGCUAUGAUCAGGGAGCUAGAGGAAGAGAACGCCAGCCUUCAAGCGGAGUAUGAGCGACUGAAGGCCAAACAGACCCCAGGGUCCACCCCGGAGGACCAGCAACAGCAUGCAGCUAUCACCGCGGUCGAUAAUCGCAACGCCGCUAUCCCCGCCGACCAGGACAUGAUGGCCGAGGCGCGGCUGCUACGCCAGCACAAGGGGCGGCUGGAGGCGCGGAUGCAGAUCCUCGAGGAGCACAACCGGCAGCUGGAGGCACAGCUGCAGAGACUGCGCCGUCUGCUCGAUGAACCGGCUCAGAGCUCGCCUCCGGGCCGCACGGGCACGCUGCAGACACGCUCGGUGACCGCCUCGCAGCUGGCCACCGACUCUCCAGCCAAGAUGCACAACGGACUCUACGACGGACCGCAAAAUGGCGGACGCGGGUGGGCGGGUCCGAGCGCCGAGCGCGAGCCGCUGCCACUGGCGGAGCGCCCGCCGCCGCCGCCGCAUAGCGUGCACUCGCUCAUGCAUUGCGCAGAUGACCUCGGACGCGCAGUCGAAGAGCUAGUAUCGGUGAUGACGGAGGAGCAGCAGAGCCAGUCCAGCAACCCGCCGCCGCAGUACUCCAACGGCAAGCCGGCGUCCGCCGACGAGUAGCGCCCCCGCACCACCCCAACCCUUCUACCCCCGCGGCCCCGUCCUCGCAAAACUGUCGUCCACCCUCUUAUCUCCUCUUGCUACAAUGGUAUUGCUUCACUUCCUUCACUUCAUAUAAGUUCACAUACAAAGCCUCUGUGUACCUAUAUACCUACUUUCAAAGAACACUACUAAUUUUCGACUCAGCGCUAACAAUCUGCACAAGCAAUGUCUACAUUACCUUGUAAUACAAGCUUAAACAUUCCAUUCACCACCUACUAAUACGAGCGGGCUUCUCGAAUACUUCACAAUCGAGUCUUACCAGCAAGUAAGAGAAGUAGCGCCGACAAGCCCGCGGCGGCUACGCGCGCCACCGGCGCCCGCGGCGCUCGGUAGCCGCACCUAGCCGCGCCUCGACGCCGACGAAAAUGUAUGCAACGCUUAUUAUCAAAUAAGGGCAUGCCAUUGUUGCAGUACGUAUCGUGAUUGAGUCAUUGUAACCCCCCCUCUGUAUCCUCGGCGAAGUACCCGUUUACUGUACCUACUCUAACCGACGUCCUCGACAGUGUUGCCAGAACGAAAUCUAUCAACGAAAAAGACACUGUAACGAGCAUUUAGGUAUAUUUUAAAAACAAUUGUACCAAAUUUUAUCAAAUAUGUAAAUCUUUUUUACAUACCUACCUAACUUUUUACAUAUCUAAUUAUAUAGUACAACUUGCAUACUAUCAUAUCACUUCUUGUAAAUUUCCCAUAUCAUUUUUGCUGUAUUAUACCGGCAUUUGUAUAAAUUUAUGACACGAUGCCUCGUCAUCGGAUUUUUAUUGAGGCGAUUCAAUAAUCGCGGACCGUAACGAUGUAAGCCAGCUUGGGACUUGUAAGGGAGAGCUUUAAUAGGAUCACAGUACUAGCUUUAACGACUAUACCGUUUUGGACAUGUUUUACGCCGACCGGAAGCAAGCGACACCCGCCAUACUCGGGCCUACUUUCUAGCAAAUAAAGUUAUUUAUUAGAUAGUCUUCAAACCUUCAAUAUACAUGUAUGCCAUAUCUCCGUGAUGGCCGUAGAUAGUAAUUUUUGUUAUUCUGCAAGUAGCAAGUAGUCGUAGCCGAACCAAUAUCAAACAUGUUAACGUGUAUGUUAUAUGUUACAUAUUAAUCAAAUUGUAUUGUUAGAUGAAACAUAUGGUUAAUCAAACUGCUUCUAUUCAAUGUAGUAGGUUUUCCUUUCUACAGUACCCACGUGUUGACCUGUCCGCGUAGUAGAACCUUUUAGUAGCCGCCCCGUGCUCUCCGAGCCGUGCGGGCUCGCUGCGCGCGCGCCGGCGCAUGUACCGCGCCCGCGGCCGCGGCGGCGCGGCGUCGUCUUACUACCACGCUACCCUUUAGAUAAGAAUAUAUUGGAGAGACUUUUAUACGAAUGUUAAGUAAUCUGUUGACGGUAACUUCGACCACACCAUAUCAUGGUUUUCCACGUUUACGUUAUGUUAGGUCGGCGGCCGCGCCGCGCCGGAGCGUUAUUUUAACGUUUAUAUUCCCAUUUACUAUCUUCUAGCUCCGCGACGGGCGGCCGCUGUUUUAUUAUACUUACUUACUCAAUAUUUUUAUUAUUAUUAAUUUGGCUAAUAUAGAAUUUAAGAAAAAGCACAAUUAUCAUUAUUUUAACAAAAAGUUAAUUCUAUUUACUACACUAAUAUCGUUAAUAAUUUUAUAGUAUCUGUUUAUCGGUAAUAUUAAUGUGGGUAGGUUUAUUUCCAAAACGUUGUAUCGGCAACUAUAAACAUAUUAUAUGUAUUACUUACUCCUGCAUUUAUUUGAUGGAUAUUUUACUGUGUUUAUGACAAUGUUUUAGAAGUUUAAUAAAUCCAAAUAAACAUUCAACAUAGUAAGA